GCAGCUCGCCAUUUUGAUACUCUCAUCAUGGCCACUGGAUUUUCUGCGACGCCACGGAAAGAAGGCACCUGGACCAAACUCGUGAUAUUCAUCUCGCUAUACUGUUUGAUUCUCGAAUCUAUCCUGGAAUGGGUACUCGUUCUUUUCUUAUACGGCAACCACUACGUCGAUUCAAAAAUGACUCUGAGCUUGGUCCUCUCUUUGGUUUCGUCCUUCCUUUCAGUGCCUCUCGUCUCUCUCCAAAGCUUGGUCGCUUGGCAAUACAACAAGAUCGGCGGCUUUGGGCAGAAGAAAACCGUCCUACACAAUGUCUGCACGUAUGUCUACCGAUUGUGUCUCAUGUUGUGGCUUGCAACGUGUGUGACGGGUCUGGUAGUGGCCGCUCAGCAGGUCUACUGUCUACCAUCGGGGACUGAUGCCACCUACUGGAGGGUGGGCAUCAGCUGUGCAUUCCACCGAGCGUCUGUUAUUGUAGCCGUUGUUACAUUGAUUACCGUCUGCACUCUCUACUGCGCCAGAGAAUUGUGCGAUCGACCGUACGACGUUUCACUCAUUGGCAUUUACAAGCGCAAGCCCAGACACGUUUUUGAGGACGGCAGUAUCUUCUCCGGUCACAGCUGGGACAGUGAUGAAACUCUCAAGAACGAAAUUCUCAACCUUUGCCGCCAACACGACGGAAUGGCCAAUGGGGAGCAAUGGUAUCUCGAUCCCCUCGCCAACAAGGUCAACUGCCAUCCAAGCAUUAAGCAUCCUGCACCUAUUCGCCUACGCCCCCAACUCACAGUCAACACGGAUCCUGGAUCUAUCCAUGGCGAAAUUAUAUCGGGAGUCACCGUCUCCCCCGAUGAUACCUGGCCUCGUCAUUCCCCAGGGGGGCAAACUGUCGCCAGCGACUUCUAUCCAAUCUCGCGCACGUCCACAGUGUUGACAAGCGACUCUCGCUAUCUUCUCUCCGACAUGAUCGUACCCAAAGUUCCCCCCAUUCCCGAGCAGUACACAACUCAUCCUACUCACAAGAGAGGGAAGUCCUCGUUGUCCUCCAUCCGGAGAUUCCUUCCCAAGGCAUUCCCGCUAUCACUUCCUUUGUCGUCAGAUCCGCAGAUUCGUGCCCUGGUCGACCCCAAUGCCGCCUCGGACGUUGAAAAGCAAGUCGUCACGCCUUCGAUCAAAAAUGGGACCGAAUCAACAACGAAAGAAGUAACAUCACACAAGCAGUCUACUGGUGUACAAACCACGACUCCUACCACACCAGCCAGCAGGCCUGACGGUCAUAUCCGAACAAUGACCAUGAACUCCGCGGAUGCCCCAGAGGUUGUUCCAGAAGAAGACUUUCCCACCCAACCAGCCAAGGUCCGCCGAUCCCAAACAGCCUGCUUCGCACCAACCUCUUUCUCCGUCCACCAUCCACACCAUCCCAACUAUACUCCGGGCCCAUCCAACCCCCGCAGCUACUCCAUGGCCUGUCGACAAAACACCACCAUCCUCCCAGCCCACGCCGACAUGAGACGAAGCAAGUCGCGCCGAACACCCAUCGUGCAAGUCCCCACCCGCAGCAACUCCUACCAAUUCGACCAAACCCACAUCCCACGCCACACCCAAAGCCAGUACCAACCAACCUACUACUCCCAACCCACACGCUGGGGAAGCCAACCUAUGUACGACCCAAGCCGCUCAGUCCCCGCGCUCUCUGCAGUCUCCCGUCGCAACGACGUCGAAAUAAUCUUUCCCAGCACGCGCCGCGCUCGCAGUAGCACGCAUGGCGGGAAAAGUGGUUCCCUCGGCUGUAUUCUGGAAUCAACAGACCCCUGGUUAUCGGCCGACCCACGCCGCGUUAGCGCUGCUGUCUCGGAGACCCGGCGCAAUGUCAUUGACCAGAGCACCUAUCGAGGUGCCAAUCGCACCAGCAUUCCCUUUUACUAA